AUGGGUCAGGGUGGCCCGCCAGGAGUGUCGUACAAUAACUGGGACCCUUCAUCAAAUGUGUAUCCCAGUGUUGAGCAUGCGGAUUACUCUGUGCAAACCAAUCCCCCGCUACACUACGCUCCGUCUCCAGCCACAGGUCCAGCAGGUGGUCGACACCAAAAUGCACAGAAUAGUCAACCUCGUGUUUCUCAAUCUCGAGGAAAUCGCCGCAGUAUGCCGCAAAGCCAACUCCCAUUGUCCAGACCAGACAACCCCGUCAACCCGUUCAACGGUUUACCACAGAACACGAUGGACAUCAACAAUUUCUUUACCAUGGCACAAAGCAUGCCGUGGAUGAACCAAGGUCUCGACGGCGCGGCACCUCCCUUCAUCCCUCCUAUGAAUCCAACGCUUUCUUACCAGAAUGUUCGGCCGAUGAGUACCAUGGCUGGACUGCCACAACAACCCAUCAUACAAGUACAAGACCAUCGAAGAACAAGAUCACCAACCAGAGAAAAAACACCACCGGUCCAAGUUCCAUCUCCGACACAGGCAUACAUGCAGCAAUCAUCACAGGAGCCACAGCAGUCUCCUUCCAAGCGUCCACUACUUAUCAUCCUCGAUCUCAAUGGUACUCUCAUCUUCCGGAAAAAGCGCAUUUUCCCGCCUAAGUUUGCUAGCCGUGCUGGCCUUGACCAGUUCCUCGCUUCGCUGAUCAAGAAUUACUCCGUGAUGGUCUGGACGAGUUCUCAGCCGCCGACUAUGAAAGCAGUCUGCGAGAAGAUCUUCCCAGGCGCGAUGCACGACAAGGUCGUUGCAAUGUGGGGCCGUGAUAAAUUCGGCCUCACCCAGCGCCAGUACAACAACAAGCUCCAGGUCUACAAGCAGCUCCACAAAGUAUGGGACACCCCCAGUAUCCAGAGUGCAUUCCCAGGAAACGAAGCUCUACGCGAGGCUCCAGCCGCUCCAGUCACUACUAAUCGAAGAGCAAUGGUGCAAAGGGCAACGGAGAAGCUAAAGGCAAAGACCGAGACGAAGAACCUCCAACCCGGUCACAGAUGGGACCAGACAAACACCGUCUUGAUCGAUGACAGCAAGAUCAAAGCCCUCAGCGAGCCGUUCAACAUUCUUGAAAUCCCAGAGUUCACCAACGACCAGAACAUCGACGAAUCAACUCUUUUUGCGAAGAUACUGCACCGUCUCGAUAUCCUCUCCCACCAUGACGACGUGAGCAAGGUUCUCCGCGUAUGGAACGAGCGCGUCGAGAAAGGAGAAGGCAAUAUCCUCGAUCUGGACCUUGGUCCUAUGGACGACCUCGACCUAGAAGAUGGCGGAAUGGUUCUUCCUACUGAAGUUAGCGUCCCUGUCACUGCCAAUAUCACUGCUUCUCGUGAGAAAAAGCAACCCAAAGCCCAGCAGCCGAUACUCACAGAGGAGGAAAAACAAGAGCAGAAGGCUGCUACUCGGAGAGCAAAGAAACAACGUCAGAAGGCUCGCAAAGCUGAAAUUCAGUCGAAGAAGGAUCAGAAGGCUGCUGCUGAGGUUGCUGCAGAAGUCGCUGAUCUGGAUAUUGAUCAAAGCGUUGAUUGCACCGCUCCUGUUGCUGCUACUGCUCCUGCUACUACUGGCUCGAACAAGAAGGAACGCCUUCCUCGUCAGCACAAAUACAGUCUCCGACUACAGGGCAAGGAACAUGCCAUAUCCCAUGAAUUACCGGAAGUUCUCGAUGGUGCUACGGACUCUAUAGUCCCAGAGACAUCUUCUACCUCUGCUUCUACUGCCACUGUUGCCGCUGAUGUUGCUUCAAGUGUCACUGAAGGCGACGAAUCAAGACCACACAUUGAGACUAGUGGUGGAGUGACCGGUGUGGAUGCAGAUGCUGCGCAGGAUUCUGAACCAGAGUAUCAGCCUAGAUCGCCGUCACCGGCUACUUCGAUUGCGUCGCAGAAUUCUUUGCUUGAUCGGCUUGAGGAGGGGCUUGGUAUGAAGCGUUGA